AUGGGAGACAGAUACAAUAUUCACAGUCAGCUGGAACACUUACAGUCCAAGUACAUUGGGACUGGGCACGCAGACACCAGCAAGUGGGAAUGGCUGACCAACCAGCAUCGCGAUACCUACGCCUCCUAUCUGGGCCACUUUGACAUGCUCAACUACCUCAGCCUGGUGGAGAACGAGUCCCGGGCCAGGAUCCGCUUCACCAUCAUGGAGAAGAUGCUGCAGCCAUGUGGCCCACCACCUAAACGCCCUGAGGACUGA